AUGUCCCCGGAAUCUAAAAAGCUCUUCAACAUCAUCAUCUUGGGGGUCGCCUUUAUGUUUAUGUUCACCGCCUUCCAGACUUGUGGGAAUGUGGCGCAAACUGUCAUCCGGAGCUUAAAUAGCACGGACUUCCACGGCAGUGGGUACACCAGCAUGGCCAUCAUUUACGGCGUGUUCUCCGCCUCGAACCUGAUCACACCCUCCGUGGUGGCCAUCGUGGGCCCCCAGCUGUCCAUGUUCGCCAGCGGCCUGUUCUACAGCAUGUACAUUGCCGUUUUUAUCCAGCCUUUCACGUGGUCCUUCUACACGGCCUCUGUGUUCCUCGGCGUUGCAGCUGCUGUGCUGUGGACGGCCCAGGGCAACUGCCUGACCAUCAACUCGGAUGAGCACACCAUCGGGCGGAACAGCGGCAUCUUCUGGGCGCUCUUACAGUCCAGCUUGUUCUUUGGAAACCUCUACAUAUAUUUUGCUUGGCAAGGGAAAACUCAGAUAUCAGAGAGUGACCGGAGAACCGUGUUCAUCGCCCUGACGGUGAUCAGCCUGCUGGGGACGGUUCUGUUCUUCCUCAUCCGGAAGCCGGCCUCCGAGAACAUCCUGGGGGAAGACGAGCUUUCCGAUGACCAGGACCUGGAAGUCAGCGAGUCUCCCCGGAACAACCUGACCAAGGCCGUGGAUGCGUUCAAAAAGUCUCUUAAAUUGUGUGUCACCAAGGAGAUGCUCCUCCUCAGCAUCACAACGGCCUAUACAGGUCUGGAGCUGACGUUCUUCUCCGGGGUGUACGGGACCUGCAUCGGCGCCGUCAACAGGUUCGGCGCGGCGGAGAAGAGCCUCAUCGGGCUGUCGGGCAUCUUCAUCGGCGUCGGCGAGAUCCUGGGCGGGAGCCUCUUUGGCCUCCUGAGCAAGAACAACCGCUUCGGACGGAACCCGGUUGUGCUGCUGGGCACGCUGGUGCACUUCGUGGCCUUCUACCUGAUCUUCCUCAACAUGCCUGCGGACGCCCCCAUCGCCCCCCUCGAGGGCACCGACAGCAGCGCCUACAUCCAGUCCAGCAAGGAAGUGGCCAUCUUCUGCAGCUUCCUGCUGGGCCUCGGAGACAGCUGCUUCAACACGCAGCUGCUCAGCAUGCUGGGCUUCCUGUACUCCGAGGACAGCGCGCCCGCCUUCGCCGUCUUCAAGUUUGUCCAGUCCAUCUGUGCAGCCGUGGCGUUCUUCUACAGCAACUACCUUCUCCUCCACUGGCAGCUGCUGCUCAUGGUGAUCUUCGGCUUCUCCGGCGCCGUGUCCUUCUUCGCGGUGGAGUGGGAAGCCGCCGCCAUCGUCGCCCGGGGCUCUGAUUACGGGAGCAUCUGA